ACCGUUCAUAAUACAACGUCAUUCUUGCAAACUGCAAUGAGAAAUGGCGCAAGCGCAAUUUCUAACGACUUCAAAGUUUUAGUUUUCCGUUUAGAUGGUUGGGUUCCUUAAACACAUUUUCAGUUUUUGAUGUUUUUGAUGACGUGACGUCCACAAAGUUAUAUUAAAGUAGUGAAACUACAAAAAGUCUAAUGGCGGAUCGUUGGUGCUUCGCGUCUCGUAGUACUAUUUAUAACCUACAACACAGUUCUAGUUUUCAGCGAUAUGUAUACUAACGUUUGUUCGUUCUGUGGAUUUGUGCUGAUAAACUUCACAACUGUGCCAAUAUCAAACGAACGCUAUAGCAACUAAAGCCUAUUGAAAACUGCACAUAUACGUUAUCCAGUGAAAUGUUAUUGCACAUAAAAUUUUGACAUUCACACAACUGUACCUACUGCUGUUAUUUCGUACCCGUCUCAAGUAAAUUAUGGUGCAUGUCAGAGAUCGUCCAGUAAGAUGCUGACAGCAGUCACAAGUGUGUAACUAACAAUGCAUGCUGUGUACAUAUUGUAGUGCAAAAAUACAAGUUUUGAGACACACUGGUCAACAAAAUGACUGAAAGACGGAAGAAAAAAACCCAUAAUGGAUUCCUUCGAAAAGUGUCAUCCUUAUUUAAUCUUGACACGGCUCAUGUUUCCUCCCCAGAAAUGAAGCAGUUACAGGUAAAUGGGAUUGAGGGGGGUGCAGUGACAGGUGAAGAUGGCCACCAGUACCUCACAGUAGUUUUAUCAAGGGCUGGAGGUGCUGGACUCGGAUUCAGCAUUGCUGGCGGUUCUGACAAUCCUCAUGUGGCAGAUAAUCCCCAUAUUUAUGUCACUAAGCUCAUUCCUGGUGGAGCAGCGGCAGCUAGUCAGCUGCAAAUCAAUGAUGCUAUAUUACAAGUUAACGACGCGAAUGUGGAAAACGUGACGCAUGCAGAGGCAGUAGACGCAUUGAAAAAAGCUGGCAAUACAGUCCGAUUGAAAGUGAAACGACGAGCGGGAGAAGAUCACCUGAGCGUGUCACAAAUAUCAAAUAAAGAAGAAGCUGUUGAAAUAGAACUUGUGAAGGGUGGUUCAGGGCUAGGAUUCAGCAUAGCGGGGGGUCUUGGAAACCAGCAUAUACCAGGGGAUAAUGGUAUAUAUGUGACCAAAAUAAUGGCUGGUGGAGCCGCCCAUAGAGAUGGACGCUUAAGGGUUGGAGACAAAUUGUUAAUGGUCAAAAAUACAUCGAAAGGCGAUGUAAAUCUUGACAACGUGACCCAUGAAGAUGCCGUGGCCGCGCUAAAAGCGUCUGGUGAACGAGUACUCUUAGUACUCAUUCCGGGACCAAGACAUGGACAGCCUUCACCUCGGACCUCGAGAGCUAAUACACCCUGCCCAACAUCGAGUACGACAAAUUCGCUGCGACGCGAGGACGUGACAGAUAGUACCGAGGAGCCCCGUGUGGUGGAUAUUGAAAAGGGAACCCAGGGCCUCGGGUUCAACAUAGUAGGGGGUGAAGAUGGCCACGGGAUAUAUGUCUCGUUUCUCCUCGCCGGGGGGCCCGCAGAAAGAUCGGGUGAAUUACGCAGAGGGGACCGUUUGCUUGCCGUUAAUGACACUGAUAUUACGCAUGCCACACACGAACAGGCCGCUAAGGCGUUGAAGAGUACCGGCCAAAAUGUAAAAUUAACAGUUGUAUAUAGGCCGCAGGAAUACAACAAGUUCGAGGCACGUAUCAAUGAGUUGAAGCAACAUAAUACGCUACUACGAACCUCGCAGAAACGAUCUUUAUAUGUCAGAGCCCUAUUCGACUAUGACCCGAUCCGUGACGAUGGCUUACCUUCGCGAGGUCUUCCAUUCCGAUACGGUGAUAUAUUACACGUCACCAACGCAUCGGAUGACGAGUGGUGGCAAGCCAGGCGACUAGACAGUACUGAUCCAGAUGCGAUCGGCAUUAUACCAUCGAAGCGUCGUUGGGAGCGGAAACAGCGUGCACGCGACAGGCAGGUCAAAUUUCAAGGACAAGGGACCCCUGUCAGUACUAGCCAAUCAACGCUGGAAAGGAAAAAGAAGACGUUAUCGUUCAGUAGAAAGUUUCCGUUUAUGAAGAGCCGGGAAGACGGCAAGUCUGAAGAUGGCUCGGACCAAGAGCCUUUCAUGCUUUGCUACACACAGGAGGACACAAACGCGGACGGAGAAAUCUUGUACCGAGUGGAACUUCCCAUGAUGGAGGAGAUAACGCUCAUUUAUCUCGAGGACGAGAGCCAAGAAGAGAACGUAUUAUCAUACGAAACGGUGCAACAGAUGACCAUAAACUACACUAGACCUGUCAUCAUCCUUGGCCCGCUUAAGGAUAGGAUCAAUGACGAUCUAAUAUCAGAAUUCCCUGAUAAAUUCGGUAGCUGUGUUCCCCACACGACGAGGGCGCGACGCGACUACGAAGUGGACGGUCGUGAUUAUCAUUUUGUGGCGAGCCGUGAGCAGAUGGAACGCGAUAUACAAAAUCACUUGUUUAUUGAAGCUGGCCAAUACAAUGAGAAUUUGUAUGGUACAUCCGUUGCAUCCGUUAGAGAAGUCGCCGAAAAGGGCAAGCACUGCAUUUUAGACGUAAGCGGAAAUGCCAUAAAAAGGUUACAAGUUGCGCAACUGUUUCCCAUCGCCAUAUUUAUCAAACCAAAGAGCGUAGAAUCUAUUAUGGAAAUGACAAAACGAAUGACCGAAGAGCAAGCGAAAAAGACUUACGAACGCGCACUUAAGAUGGAACAAGAAUUCGCUGAAUAUUUCACUGCCGUAGUGACAGGCGACACGCCCGAGGAGAUAUAUGCUAAGGUGAAAGCUGUUAUAGCAGCGGAGAGUGGGCCCUCCGUUUGGGUACCACGCCGCGAUCCGCUCUAGGACUCCACCCCCAGAUAUUAGUGCAACACUUGAACUAUUACCACCUGCCGAUAGAUGGCGUUGUUUUAAAUUACUCAAAUUGUUAAAUUAGUGCAAGGACCGGUAGGAUUAAAAUUACCAUAAGCUUCGAAGCAGGACUGAUACACUGAGGCAUUUUAGAAUGCACCUUUACAAAGCAAUAAAUCGUAUUACUAAAAUUCAAGAAUAUGAAUCGGUCCCGCAACGCAAAUUCAGAAUGCAACUACCGCCAAAUAAAUGUAUAACGCCAUCUGUUGGCAGUUUUGAAAACGUUACCACGGGAUUGCACUGAAUUCGAGAUACUAAUGAAAGAAAUCGCACUUAACCAAAGUACCUGAUUGUGAAUGUAUUUGAAAUUUUUCAACGGGCUCAAAACUUGAAUGUAAAACUUAAGUGUGAUUUCUCGUCGUUAGUAUAGUAAAAAUACAUGGACAAAAUACGGAAAAUCGAUGAUCCUUGUAUUUUUAGAAGUAGAUUUAUUCUUAUUCCGAUUUAGACUGCUUCAGCCUGCCCUUGUAUUCCUACGGACGAUCAAAUGUGCCUCCAGAUAUGUUAAGUCCAACGUAUUUUGAAUAAAGAUAGAAUCUCCUAUGGCCCCGGCCCAACGAUAUAGGUCUCCCUCCAAACUUAAGUAAAACUAAUUUUACACAUAGUUUUGCGGGAAGACCCAAUAGCUCCACGGCUAGGGGCCCACCGUGAACUUCUUAAAAACAUGUCAACUUCCAGUCAGGUCAACUCCUGCUGACCUGCAAUUAUCGUUGACGGUCAGCAGUGUUUUUUCUGGCUAACGUACUGCACGUCGUAGAAACCUUCUUCAGUGUGUGUUAAUAUACAGAACGAGGUUUUGGUAGUCCAAGUAUUACUUUGGCCUGUUUUUAUUGAGUACGAAAUAACCGGACAGUUUUAAUAUCGCCUUUCAUUGACCGGAUAUGACGUCACGGUAGAUUGAGGUUCAGUAGUGUUAAAGUUUGACUUGAUUUGACAAUUUACAUUGACACACUCCUAUUUAACGUUCUAGUUAUAAGUUGGUUUUGAAAUUAAGAUUUUAUGUCACUUAACUCGAACGUGAAUUGUUUAAUAAAGUUUUCGCUACGUUUCAACGCUUUCUCUGUAGAGUAUUUACGCUUUCGUUCAUUGUGCGUUUAAUAGCCGUAUAUGAUUGCUUUAUACUAAAAAUUAUUUAUUAAAAUCGGGUAUUAAGCUUCAUCUCGACUAUGUAAAUGAAAUUGUAUAUUGUAGAAAAAUAAAUGGUAUUAUUCAUGUUGAUUUGUUAUCGGAAUGCUAGAGUAAUGUGAAUUUUCUUCAGCGUUAGAAGUAUAAACACGGUUAAUAAAACGACAAAUCACAGCACAGUGAUGUUACAUAUGACAAACUAAUUAGUUAUAACUUACUUUAGUCGGAACCCACCUCCUCAUGGACCCAGUCCUGCAUGGCUAGGCUAAGACAUAAUCAGAAUUAUUUGCUCAAGCGGCAUCCAAUCGUAGCCAUUUGAAUCUCAUGACAUACACACCGCAGGCGCCGGAGUGGAUUUGGUGCAAGUUGUUUGUUGAUCAUUUUUAUAGUAAGGAAUUGUGUUAACGGUGUGAAAUGUCUCACCCAGAAUAGCGUUUGACAUUUAUUUAUUGAGAAUUUUAUUUUCUUACGGAGUAACAGUAUGCCCAUCUGCAAAUAUGGCACAUUGGGAGGACAUAAUGCUUUAGAUUUUAUUUCAUACACAUUAAUACUUAUGUAAGCUUUUACUUAUAAGAGCAAAUAUUUUAUGAAUUGAUGUGAAUUAUAAUAUUAUUAUUACCCCUUGUACUUAAUUUUGUUUGCUGUGUACGUCGAGUGUUUAAUAAUUGACUUUAUAGUUAUAAAUAUUGCAAUGCAAAGUAUGAAUUUAUUUAUCCCGCCAUUACAUAAAUAUAUGUAAACCAAAGAUAUUUGGCAACAUCCAUUGCUUUUACCAAUUUUCGAUGACUGAACUUAACAAUUUUUGCGUUUUAUCCCUGCUUUACAAAUAUAUUGCCAUAAUAAUUAUUGCUUAGUAAGCAUGUUUUUUUGUAAUUUUUCGGAAAGUUUUUUUAUGACUAUUUUGUGUCUCUUAUUUUAUAAUAUUAAUGAUAUAUUGAAUUAUGUGAGAAUGUUCUUUUAAUUAGGUAUUUAUUGUCGUACUAAGUAGCUAUUUUAUUAAAUUAAUAAAAUGUGUUUAUUUCUGUAUAUUUAAAUGUAAGUAUAAAUAUUUUAACAAAUACAUAGUUAUUACAUAUAUUAACAUUUUAUUGAAAUCCAUAUUUGCAGAUGUACAAUGUUUAUCAGUUAGUGAUGUUCAAUAGAAUUAGUUUGAAUAAAGUUAUUUA